UGUAUGCAUAUGUAGUGUAACCAUAAGCGUACUUUGUAAUAUUUAAAGUAAAGUGUAUAUUAUUAUAUCAUUUUUGUUAAUUUAUACUUAUGGCAUCACCAGCACCCAAAUCGCCAGAGCAAUCUGAAAGAAAUAGAAAAUAUGAUAGACAAUUAAGGUUAUGGGGUGAUCAUGGUCAAGUUGCAUUAGAAGGAGCGCAUGUUUGUGUCAUAAAUGCUACAGGACUUGGUACAGAAAUUUUAAAAUCCUUAGUCUUACCAGGCAUUGGAGCAUUUACAAUUGUAGAUGGCAAAAAAGUUACUAAUGAAGAUAUCGGGGCAAAUUUCUUUCUAGAAGCAGACAGUGUAGGAAAAUCAAGGGCACAAGUAGCAACGCAAAUGCUUUUAGAACUAAACUCAGAUGUUAGAGGUGAUUAUAUAGAUGAGGAGUCUGAGCAAAUUUUAUAUAAUAGUCCAGAUUUUUUCAAUAAUUUUACUGUUGUUAUAGCUACUUCGCUAGCUGAAAAAUCUUUAAUUCUUUUAUCACAAAGACUUUGGGAAUUGAAUAUACCCUUAAUAGUAUGCAGAAGUAUAGGAUUCAUUGCAUAUAUGAGAAUUCAAGUGAAGGAAUAUACAGUCAUAGAAACACAUCCAGAUAAUGAAAUUCCAGAUUUACGUUUAGAUAGACCAUUUGAGACACUAAAAAAGCAUCUUGAUACAAUACAUCUUGAAGAAUUGAGUUUUAAAGAUCAUUCUCAUGUACCAUAUUUAGUUAUACUGUAUAAAUUUUUAGAAAAAUGGCUUUUAAAUAAAAGAGAUUUACCUAAAAGCUAUAAAGAAAGACAACAAUUAAAAGAAAUGAUAAAAGAAGGAAUGAGAAGAGAAGAGAGUGACACUACAAAUAGCGAAGAAAAUUUUGAAGAAGCUAUCAGAGCUGUUAAUACAUGUGUAGGAUGUACUGAGAUCCCAGAUAAUGUGAAGAAUAUUCUUAAUGAUGAUCAGUGUAUUAAUUUAACAGCUAAGAGCAGUUCAUUUUGGAUUAUUGCAAAAGCAAUAAGAGAUUUUGUUGAGAACGAAGGAGCUGGAUUCUUACCAUUAAAAGGUACUAUACCAGAUAUGACAGCAGAUACGGAAAAAUAUAUAACUCUUCAGCAGAUUUAUCACAAACAAGCGGAAGCUGAUGCGGAAGCAGUAUGGCGACAUACAUUGCAAUUAUUACGACAAUUGGGAAAAUCGUCAGAUUCUAUUUCCGAAAGAGAUGUUAAAUUAUUUUGCAGACAUGCUUCAAAUAUACAUGUGGAAAGGGGAACACGUAUUGCGGAUGAAUAUGAUUCCAAAAUCUUUGAUGCAAGUAAUAUAGUGCAAAGUUUAGAAAAUCCAGAGAGUAUGAUGAUUUAUUAUGUUAUUCUUAGAGGGGUUGAAAAAUUUCAAUUAGAAUACAACUCAUAUCCUGGAGAAUUUGAUGAUCAAGUAGAACCAGACAUAGUUAAACUUAAAGCAUGUAUAACAAAACUAUUGAGUGAAUGGGGAUGUGGGUCAUUGGCAAAAGAUGAUUAUGUACAUGAGUUUUGUCGGUUUGGUGGAUCAGAAUUGCAUUCAGUAUCAGCAUUCUUAGGCGGCCUUGCAGCUCAGGAAGUUAUAAAAUUUGUUACAAAUCAAUAUAAACCAGUCCAUAACACCUUCAUAUAUGAUGCAGUGACAUCAAGUUCUGGAACAUUUUUCUUUUAA